GUUAGCUUUCCAAAGAGUCAAGGAACUCUCCUGAGGCAAACAAACUCUGGGGCACUGAUACUAGGUGAUAUAUAGAGAGAAGAGAGCGUGCAAAGCUACUUACUGUUUUCCAGUGUGGGGAAGAGGUAACAAUCAGAGAGACAGCGGAGGAGGGCAAGUGCAGAAUGACCAUGUUCAAGUUUGCUGUAGUCCUAUUUUUUGCUAUCCUAGCAACAUCCACCUGCAAAAGGGAUAAAUGUCUGGAGGGGGGGACUCACAAGCAUAGACCAAGCCCUGAGCUGGACAUGCAUGAAUGCACACUGUACUCUGAAUCUUCCUGUUGCUAUGCAAACUUCACAGAGCAGUUGGCUCAUUCACCAGUAAUUCAAGUAAGCAACAGCUACUGGAACAGAUGUGGGAAUCUCAGUAAAUCCUGUGAGGAUUACAUGAAGAAAAUUGAAUGCUUUUACCGGUGUUCCCCACAUGCCGCUCACUGGAUCAAUCCCAACUACACUGCUGGUAUUGAGUUUGUUCCUUUGUGCCAAAACUUCUGUGAUGACUGGUAUGAAGCAUGUAAAAAUGAUGCCACCUGCAUCCACAACUGGCUGACAGAUUGGGAAUGGGAUGAAAAUGGAGAGAACCACUGUAAAAACGAAUGCAUCCCCUACAAUAAGGUGUAUGCAAAUGGGACUGACAUGUGCCAAAGCAUGUGGGGGGACUCGUUUAAGGUGAGCGAAUCCUCCUGCCUCUGCUUGCAAAUGAACGAGAAGGAUGCGGUGGCGAUCAAGUAUUUAACUUCCGAAAGCUCGGAGGAGAGUUCCAGCGUCAGUAGCAGCGAGGAGCGCGCCUGCAGACGUAAACUGCGAAAGACUGAGCUCGUAACGGAAGAGGAAAGGGGGGAAAUAGAGGUGUUUGAAAUUCUGUGACAGAAGGGACCUGGUUCUAAUCCUCCCUGAAGAUCACCAGACUGAUGCCUCAGGAUGUCACAGAGAAUGUUCUGUUUCCAUUCUCCACCGCCAGCACUACUGCCAAAGCUAAACCAAAAUCUGUACUAAUUGUAAGGGGACAUUAUCCUGAUAAUAGUGGAUCAAAUUCUGCCCUUGGUUACACUGGUGCAAUCUCUUUGAUGCUGGUAAAGUGCCGUGGAUCUGUCUGGUUUUCUCAGUCACCUAUCACAGUGAUCUCACCAGUGUAAUUCAAAGGAGGAUUUGGUGUCAGCGGGCCAGAUUCUUGGCUGGUGUAAUUCAGAGGUAUGCUGAUUUACACCAGGUGAAGAUCUGGGCCCUCGCUUUUAAAAUGUCAUGGCUCAUAUUAGCAAUAAAAUGAAGCAUUUUAAAAAUCCAA